GUGACGGAGCGCCCGCCUUAGGCGCCAUCUUGCUGCCGGCGGGAGGAGUGGAGCGCCUCGCCGGGCCGGCCCCGCCAUGCCGCACUACCAGGCCUGGGAGGAGUUCAUGCGUGCUGCCGAGAAGCUUUACCUCGCCGACCCUAUGAAGGUACGGGUUGUUCUCAAAUACCGACAUUGUGAUGGGAACCUCUGUAUCAAAGUAACGGAUGAUGUAGCUUGUUUGCUGUACAGAACGGACCAGGCGCAAGAUGUAAAGAAGAUAGAGAAAUUCCACAGUCAGCUGAUGCGACUGAUGGUGGCAAAAGAAUCCCGCAGUGCUGCCAUGGAAACAGACUGAGUAGCUGGAUAUAAUAGGAGUGCCCUGGUCACAUUUCACUGGAAGAAAAUAUCUCUUGGAUUUGAAUGAAUGCUGGGACAGGAGAUGCUUUUACAUACCGAAGUGGACCGAUGGCAAGGCUGAAGCAUUUCCUUCCCUCCAGACUCUGUUUCGGAAAGCUAAGAAAAUAAAUGCUUUCAAUGGAAAGCUUAUAUUUAUUUUUAGGAAUCGAACAAGAAAACUAUUAUUACAUGUAUGCUAAGAAGACAAGCAAACAUUUUACAUCUACAGUACUUAAGUCUGAAUUUGGUGGGCCACAGGCAUAGCUGUGGAAAGUUACUAAAAAUUUCAUACAGAUUUCAUUGUGUUUGUGCCUUGUGCUGGCAUAUUCUCACAGUGAGAAGGUUUAUUGACCUGACUGGUACUGUAGCAUGAUGACUGGAUCUAAGGAGUAUUUACAUCAGCUACAUCAGUGGGGUUUAGAAGAACGGAUGUUUUCUGAACCAAAAUGUUAAAAUUGCCAAUUUGUAUUAGCACUAUCACUAGCAAGAUUUUAGUUUUUAGAAUUGAUAUUGGUCAUAAACUGUGUAAUGUUGUCCAUGAUGCAGUUUCUAGAACUCUUAUAUUGUCUAAAUAACAAAACUUGUGUAUUUUAAAAAUUACAGUAAAACUUUGCUUGAAUGUUGCUAGAGAAUGGCGAGAAACUGGGAGUUUCUUUUCUGCUUAUGCAAAUACUGUUAUUAAAAAUAAUCAGUGGCUUUCUUUCCAUACUUGAACUAUUUUAUACUAGUGGGAGUACCUUUUUUCCACCCUUGCUUCAGGCAGGGUUUGAAGUAUAUCAGAAAGACACAUUCUAGAAACUCCUGCCUUUUAUGUUAAUAGAGAAAGUGCAACCAAACACUGUCCAGACUCGCCUGUUUUAGCAGUUUGCUAACUGUGCAUUUCCAAAUGUUAUGUGUGGCAGAUGGAUGUCAGCCAACUGAAUAAAUAGAUGUAAACCAGCUUAAUAAAUAUUUAAAUGCCACUAUCAAAAAA